AGAAUAUUCGACUCGAUUUAUACGACUUCUUAGCCAUGUCUCAGGUUUGUCCGUCUUCGUCUCAUCAGUUGGUCGCAGCCGCGAUGGCUUUUCGUCGAGCUCGGCGUAAAUUUCCGAAAAAUUUUGGCCUGUAUUGCAACUCGGAAGAAGCAACGAAGUUCGAUAAGACUGAAAGUCUUAGCGGAAAUGAGGAUUCAAAUGAUCAAGAGAAUUUACUGUUAACGAGGAAUUCUUCAAAAUCAAGGCCGAAUCAAGUAAAAACGUAUUGGAACGAUGAAUGCGGGGAAAAUGGCUCGACCAAGGAAAAUUUAUUCCAAAAGCCAAUAAUAUGCAGUUGUUGUCGUAAACGUAACGAGCAGUGCAAUGUUGGAGACACGCUCGACAUCGUUCCAAGUAAAGAGCAUAACGAAAUCACGCAGAAAAACGAAUUCUCUAAAUUGGAACAAGUGGAAAGUUGCGACUCGAAGCCAAUGAAAAAUCCCGUGACAGAAUCUCGAAAUUCUAAUCAUUUUCAUGGUGCAUUUUCCUAUUUGCAAAAACGAAACUCGAAAGAAAUCCCAUCCAAAUUGGAUUCUGUUAAUCUUCUUUACGAUCGAGAUCAAAACGAAACGAACAACGUUAAGGCUAAUGGUCCGUUCAAAGAAGAGAAACGAAAUUGCAGCCGGGACGAGCACGAUUGUAACGGCGAGGGGAAGGGUUGCAAAGGGUUCCAUCGAAAUUUGCGAUGCACGUUCACACCACAGAAGAACAACCAUCCAUCGUCAUCCAGUAUUUCGCACGCUUGCAAUUGCGAGAAACACUCGACUCUAAAUCUUCUACAGCCUCAUCGGGAUUGCUGUCGCCAGAAUCGUCAUUGUUGCCAUUCUCACGACCACUGUCAUCAUCGUUGCGACGAGCACAACAGACAUUCCUCGAAAGAAAAACGUCUCGCGUCGGACACCUGCCUCUGUUCCUCAAACAACUCGAAUAACUUAAAAAGUUGCAAUCGAAAUGACCACGCUAUUAUUCGGGAAUCGACUUGCAAUAACUGUCAUGGAAAAGAUUCGGAGAAGGUGUUGAUGAUGCAGGAGCAGAACGACGAGGAACUGGACGAUUCCGUGGCAACGAUCAAUCACAAGGAUUCCUUGUGCAUUUUGGUGGAGAAGUACAAGACUAAUAAAAAGUGCAGGCACAAGGCGUAUUUCAAUGGGGGGGUUGAAUUCACGGACGAGCGGAAAGAUGAAUGCGAUAAAUCAUUCAGCUUGGAAACGUGUCAACUCGAUGAAAACGGGAAACAAGGAGGGAAUAAAUAUUCGGGCAACGAUAAUUCUCGUUUUCGGGACAAUCGUGCUCCUAUUAGGAAACCACCGUGCAGAUACGGUGAUUGCGGGCAGAUGUUCAAGGAAGGGGACACGAAUCAAUUUAAAAACUUGAAGUCUCGUUUGAUAAAAACUGGUAAUUAUUGUUCAGCGAAAGGUACACCUUGGAGACAUACAUUUUAAAUUCGAGAAAAUAUCUACAUUACUAAGUUUUUGUAUUUAUAUUGUUUUAGUUCACAUGUUUAUUAUAUAUUCUUUUUUUUCAUACGCAAUUACCUAGUUAUAGAUGAAUUUAUAGCAUUUUUUUUAUUGACUAUUGAUUUUUGAGAAAAAGAAAAGAGAGGAAAAAGAAAAAAGACGAAGAAAUUCGAGUGGAAGAGGCACAAAAAUUAUAUAAUUAUAUUAUUCACGUCUUUAUACAUAGACGCUUUGUAUAUGUAAAAAAAAAAUUUUUCUUAAAAACUGCUAUAAAUGUUUUCAGCAAAACGAAUUUCCGUUUUAAUUCUUAUUCUAUUAUUUUUUUUUUUUUUUUUUUUAAAGAAAAGACGGCGUGCACAGAAUAAUUCGGAUAAAAAAAAAAAAAGAAGAAGUUUAAUUUCGAGGUUCGCGCGGCGAAAGCUUAUUUUUUAAAGUAUAUUGCGCUAAUAAACUUGAUAAACUUAUUUUGGAAGUAUAUUGCUUUAAUAAAGUUAAUAAACGAG